AGUUCAUUGUUUUCCGAUUCCGUCCCUAGCUAUCAUGAUGUUUGCGGCUGUAAAUUGGAAGUGGAAAGAUCUGUCCUUUAUCUAGAGAAAAUGAUGCAUAGCAGGUGGUUUGAAUCUUGUAUGCUCUGUUUCAAGCUGAACAAACCCAUUCCUAUUGGGAUUUGGCUAGAUUUUAUACCAUAUUUUAGCAUGAUAGUUUGAUAAAACCUUGAUAGAAUUGCCUCUUGUUGUAACCUUUGCUGCGAAAAUGUCUCUGGUUUGCUCUACAUCUUCUGUAGCUCCCUUAUCACAGACUAAACAGUCACGUCCAAGUUUUCAGAAACUCGAAACAUGUACCUUAAGUUUAUGCUCUCCCGCCGGCUACCCUAAUUUUACCAGGAAGCAUAUCAGUUACUUGUUCACAGAACCGCUUAAGCUUCGUAGGCUAGCAAAGAGUUGGAUAUUAGUUAGUCAGGAGUCUUUUACAGAGACCAGCACAAUAGAUAUGGAUUGGGAAGAUCAGGAGGAAAUUGAGGAUACUGGGUCACCUUGGGAAGGUUCGGUUAUGUAUAGGAGAAAUGCUUCAGUUACACAUGUGGAAUAUUGCACUACCUUAGAGAGGCUUGGGUUGGGAAGAUUGUCAACAGAGGUCUCGAAGAAGAGAGCUUCCGCAAUGGGACUUAGAGUGACAAAAGAUGUUAAGGAUUAUCCAGAUGGCACGCCGGUUCAAGUUUCUGUUGAUGUCAUAAGGAAGAAGAAGAAGCUGAGACUAGAUGGAAUUGUCAGAACUGUUAUCACACUCGGCUGCAAUAGAUGUGGUGAGUCAACAGGUGAGAGCAUCUUCUCCAACUUCUCGCUAUUACUAACCGAAGAUCCGGUUGAAGAACCCGAUGUCAUUGAUCUAGGAUUCACAUUCGGAAGUGACAAAGCCAAUUCAUUCUCUGGAUUGUCGAAUGAUAAAGAAGAAGGCGAAGAUGAUGAUGAUGAUUCAUGGAUAGAUUGGGAGGAUACGCUUCAUUUUCCACCUGAGGUGAAAGAAAUAGAUAUCUCAAAGCAUAUAAGAGACUUGGUGCAUUUAGAAAUCACCAUCACUGCGAUAUGCGAUUCUGCAUGUAAAGGAAUGUGCUUGAAGUGUGGUGCGAAUCUGAAUAAGAGGAAAUGUGAUUGUGGCAGAGAAGAGAAGGAUAAAGGAUAUGGACCUCUCGGAAACCUGAGAGAGCAAAUGCAACAAAAAGAGGGACUGAGGAACUAAACUCAACAAUAAUUGUAUUGAUAUUCUUUUUUCUUCACUGUCAUAAACCUCAAAGUCAGAU